AUGCAAAGCUUAUCCGACUCCUUUCAGUUUUUUGACAAAGUAGCCACACUAGAGUUAAAAAAGAAUCCUAAAUAUGCUAAAUUCUUAGACUGGUGCACUGAAUAAGGAAUUAAUUUGGAAAGAAUUGAUUAUCCUCUCGCUUUUGGCCCUUCAGGAUUCUUAGUUGGAGUUGGUACUAGUAAAUAGGUAUAAAAAGGUGAAUGGACUUUGAGAACUCCAUGUUCUUCUAGAAUAGACUAUGAGACUAUAAGAAAUAGCUCAGGAGUUGGGGUGAUAAUCAAAUCAUUAGAUGUUAAUUAAGACUUUACUCUAGCUCUUUACUAUAUGCAUUAAUUCCUUCUAGGAGCAGAAUCACAUUUAUACCAUCCUAUUUAAGUUUCAGCCCCUGCUGAUUUACCAUUUUAAUGGACUGAUGACGAAAUAGAUUUUAUUCAAGAUAUUCCAGCUAUUACUCAAAUAAGACAGAUGAGAGCUUAAGCGCUAUAAGAUGCUGAUGAAAUUUAUAUUAAAGUUCUAGAAAAUGGCUGUUUAGACUAUUUUUGCCCUGGAGAGCAAACUAAAGAAAACUUCAUCAAUUAAUAUCUUGAAGCUUGGGUGAUUACGUAGAACAGAAUAAUUUCAUUUGGAUUCAAUCUUAAGUAUUACUCAAUAAUACCAAUGAUAGAGUAGGUGAAUCACACCCCAGGUAGAUCAUCAAUAUGGUAAGUAGUUGACUCUGAAGGAUCAGUAUUGACAGAAAACAGUAUCGGAAACCUAAAUUGCUAUUGUAUACCUGGUAUUGAAGCGAUUAAUGGUAAGAGCUUUCUCCCACCCUCAGAAGAGGUAUUUGAAACAAUCAUAAGUGAAGUUCCUAUUGAUGUUAUUCAAGACACCACAUCUUAUUUUGUUCCUCCAGAAGGAUCUUUCUUCUAAUUGGUUAGUUCUCAUGAUCUAGAAGUAGGAGAGUCAAUUCCAUGCAGUUAUGGAGACAUGACUAAUAGAUAUCAUUUUGUCAACUAUGGUUUCUACUUAAGUAAUAAUGAAAGUAAUUGUUUCUCAAUAAAACUAAAGAUUUCUGGGAAAGAGUAGACCAUCCUCUUGCAUUAGAAUAAUAAGCAUGAUAAAUUUCUAUCUCUCUGUAAGCAGGUUCUGAUUGAUGCUGGGCUAAAAACCUGUACAUAUUCAUUGGUAUGUUAGUUUGCAAUAGAUUUAAUAAAACAACAGUAUGCAAUUGACUUUGGUAAAUCUUUUGAUGAUGCAGAAUAGCAAAUCGAAGAAUUUGAUAGCAAAAGAAAGAGACUAGCUUAUGAAUACAAGACUGAACAAAAAAAGAUGUACUCUUAUCAUAUUACAGACUUGCAAAAACUAAUAGUCUCUAAAAAUAACACUCUGUUUAAUUGA